AUUUCACUAUUUCAAAAAUACAUACGGUUUUAAAUUCUGUUCCGUUUUCGUAACUUCCAGAAAUGCCGAAUUGUCUCAGUUACAAACUGAUAUUUCUUAAUAGUACUGAUAGGAGUGCUGCUAGUCACAAAAGAAAUGAGUAUAUUGAAUUUUUAAGCUCAUGGUGCAUUCAGUAUCAAUGGUACAAAGAUCCUUUCAAGUUAUGGAUUCAUUCAACGUCUGCUGAUUCAUUCUUCCUUUUUGGAUAUGUCGAUUGUGGAGAAAGUGUUGAAGAUGAAUGGUUCAUUGUUUGGAUGCUGUCCGAAAUAAGCAAAUUAGAUCCAUCUGUUAUUAUUCAAGUUACUGACGAAGAUGGUGAAUUUCUUCUUAUCGAAUGUGCAAAUCAUUUACCGAACUGGAUAAAUCCUGAGAAUGCCGAAAAUCGUGUUUGGUUUUAUCAAGGAAAAUUAUGUAUUAUUUGCAAAGAAAGAAAGUUAAAAAUGACAUUGAAUAGUGCAUUAGAAACUUUCAGAAAUUUCGACAAAGCUGCACUUCUUAUAUCAAAUAGUAUACAAGCUGGUAUACAGGCGAAAAUAAAAAAGUAUCCAGAUUUCGUUAAUACUAUGCAUUUGGCUCAUAUUACUGUUCCAUAUCCGGUUGCAGCUGUUUUGACGGUUUUUAGUCCGAGGGAUAUAAUUAAUUCAUCCAUUGAUGUUCUGGCUGAUAAAAUUUCUGAACAUUCUGCUGUCCAGUCAUGGUUAAAACUGUUUAAUAAUAGCUUAACCAUUUUUGCAAACCGUUGCAAGAAUAAAAGUGGUGCUCGUAAAUCGAAGUGGCCAAAAAUAUCUAACUUCUCAAAUUCGUAUGUAACAAUCCCGAUGCGAUUCAACAGACUUCGUUACGCUCUACUGCGUUCUUUACCUACGCCAAGCGGAUUCGAACAACCUCCCAAUGAUAAUCUGGCUUCUGGUCGUUUAGCUGCUGAACUUGGAUUAAAGUUGUGCAUUGGACUUGAUUUUUUGUUAAACUAUGUUGGUAAACAUGAAGAAGAUCCGAAUUUUACUCCACAUUUCGUGGCUCCAGGGGAAUCUGAAGAGAAAUGGAAUAAAUUUUUAGAAAGACUAACUAGUAGCGGUUAUUUUCAGGGUGUUUCAGAAGAAUCUUGGUUGCACAAUGAACUACUACAGCAAGCUCAAUGGCAUUUUCUUGAAUUUCUUUCAGAAAAAUCACCUGAACUAUCAGUUUGUCGCAGUUUUGAUCACUCGUCAUACACUGGACAAACACGGAAUAACCUUCAAAAACAUAGUCAGUUUUUAUACUCCAUUUUAAAUUAUAUGGAGAAUAAUGAAUGUUAUUCAUCGUGUGUGCAAAGAAGUUAUUCUUUAGAGACGAAUGGAUUACCUCCUGCUGAUGAUGAAUCUUGGAUGUUUGUUACUCCAGAGGAGUUAGAUAAAAUGUUAUUAGAGCGAAAUGAAAUUACUGAACCGGAUCCAUCGCGCUCGUCGAUUUCAUCACUUUUGCAAGAUUUCAUGAAAUCGUCGUCUUCUUUUAAAGGUGUUGAGCUAAGAAAGAAUCGUCAUGGAAUUAAACGAAAAUCUGAAUCAAAAGAUAUCUCUAACAUGGUCAAUACUUCAAGUAGUGAAGAGAUUAAUUCAGACGAUGAAAAUGCUAUUGAAGAGGAUCUUGAAAAUGGUUACUCUGAAAAUUGUCUUUCUACUGUCGGUAAAACUCAUGAAUCUAUGAACAUGGGCGAUAUUAUGAAGUCGUUACUUGAGGCGAAUGAUAAAAUUUUGUCAAAUAGUAGUAAUAAUAAUAGUAAUAAAGUUUCAACGAAACCUACAAGGGCACAAAAUAUUAGAUCAUUUGGAACCCGGAGUCUGUCUUCACUUAAUUCAUCACAACAGAAAACACAUGAUAUUUUCAUAAGUGACAGUGAUGAUGAUGAUGAUUUAAUUGAUCUUUACGGUUCUCAUUCUGAAUGUUCAACAUAUUUUAAAGACUGUACAUCUUCCAGUUCGACUGAGAGUGUGAAUGUUAUGGAUUGUUUAGAGAAUCAGAGUAAAGAAUUGAAAUCUAAAUCUCUAAUUCCUCGUCAUCGAACCAAUUCUACAACUAGUAACCAAUCGUAUUCUUCGUGCACUUCAUCAGAUAAUGAAACAUCUCAUCAACACAAUUCAAUGAAUAUUUCAUCUAAAGUGAAAAAAUCAUUUUCAAUGAAAAAAUAUCUAUCACAAUUAGAAAAUGAAUUGAAAAAUGAACCAGUGAAUGUUGGUCGUUUUAUUCCAACUAAGUCAUCAUCAUCAUCAACAACAACAAAUCAUCAUAGUAAAUCAUCUCCAUACAAAGUUCAAUUAUUGUUUAAUGCAAAAAAACCACGUGGAAAUGUUCAACUUGCCGAACCAGAGGAUAUAAAUGCUUCUGAAGAUUUUGUUGAUCGAGAAUUUGAUAAUUCUUCCGAGUCAGAUGAUGUAGCAUCAUUAUCAUCGGAAAGCAUUGUAAAAACAUCGGAUUCUGAAUUGGAUCAAUAUGUUUCACGUAACUUGGGUGUUUCUAUGACAGAUCAAUCGAAUCACCUUCAGUUGCAACCUGCAGGUCCUGCUGCUAAUUUAUUAUCAUCCAUGGGUUUGCCUAUACAUCAAAUUUUUAAUUCAAAACAGAAUACUAGUAGAAACAGUGAUUUGUAUAGAUAGAAAAUUAUUGUAGUUACAUUUUUGUUGUUGUUGAUUUAUUUAAAUCAUUUAUUUGUCUGAGUGAGUAUUCAUCUGUAAAUAAACAGUUAUUGAUCUA